AUUCUUGGUUUUCACCCACGUGACCAACAUCUUGACGACGGUUGCUAAGCCGCCAUAUUGGUGUACCACGCUGGUAUCGGCCAUGAUAGUUUAUCGUAAUGGUUCUCUGUUUGUUCGUGGAUUGCAACGCUAAAAGUGGACGAGAUAAAGGUAUUUCUUUCUUUAGAGUACCGACAGUAAUUAAAAACCAAGGAGAAGAAGCCGAGGAGUUAUCAAUUGAACGCAGAACGAAAUGGAUUUCCGCUAUGAGUCGGGCAGACUUGACCGAAACUGUUGUGCUGAACAACCGUGUUUGUAGUCGCCAUUUUGUUUCUGGGAGUCCAGCAGCAAGUUGGGACCGAUAUAAUGUGGAUUGGGUGCCUACUCUACACCUUGGAAAGCCUCAAGUCAAAGUGAACGCUAAAGAUGAUGCUGAAACAGUGCUUGCUCGAUCGGAAAGAGCAAGAUCUUGCAGGAAGAAACGAAUCGAGCUAGCCGAGCAAGAAAUGGCCAAGAAAAGGCUUUGUUUACAAGAGAAAGGCGAGACUGUUCGAAGCAUUAUUUUUACUGGUCCAGAAAGUAAGAAUAAUGAUUUGUCAUGUUUUGUAACUGAUAAUAUUACGAGUGAAACCCAGACUGACAUGCAAACAAAUGACA